ACUAUAUUAAAAGGAUAUCUUAUGAGAUGGGUUUUGGCCUUGCAAUCUUUUGAGUUUAAGAUGCACUACAAACUGGGCAUUAAACAUAGAAAUGCAAAUAGUAUGUUCAGAUUAUCUGACUCACCUAUAAAUGAAGUAAAAAAUGAUAAGGAAUUUGUGGAUUUGUUUAUAAUAUAUGUAAUGCCUGAAAAUGUUAAGCUAACCGACCUUGAGGUUAUUAGUGGAUACUUAAAAAACUUUACUUGGACUAUUGAUGUAACUAGUAUGGACUUAAAACACCUUCGGCGCAAG